AUGCACACGAAUACCCCGAAUGUGGCGGCUGACCGAGCCGACGCUGUUCCCACGCCCGAGGAUGUCAAGAGAAGCCCCACCUCCAACACGCAUGAAAGCGACCGGUCCCCGCAGCACGCCCACCAAAGAUUGGUAUUCGUUGAUCCAGUCGCCCUCCGAUACCUCGAAGAAGAUUCUUCAACCGAUGUGCUUCAACGACGUGCUACACUGCAAGGAUACGAGAUCUAUAUUGUUGAACAAUGGGCCUGCUCUCGCGUGCAUCCGACGUUCGUCAUCUCUACAUUCACCGGCGACCUGUCGCAUACUGUGAUAGUAGGUGUGCUGAGUGUCCCGACGAAUGAAAAUGCAUGGUCGCCCCGCCUGCGGAUGUAUUUCGAUGCGAUGAAGCAAUGCCACGCCAAAACGAAGGAAACACCACUAGGGACAGUCAUGAUUACAGAUCUGGGCUCGUUUCCGUCCGCACUGAGUGUGAUUCCCGUCCCGGGUGGUGACAUCAAGAAACACAGAGAGGAUUUUAUAGUUAACGAGAACUUGAAAAGACUGGGAUGCGCUGGCCGUGCCGGGCUGAAGCUACAGUCACCGUCUGCCGCUACCGAGGCAAAGUUCCACCAGUUGUACCGAACCAGCGAGAGAGUUCCACUAUAUGCUGCAGUCAUCGAACUGGUCAAACAGUGCCAAAUAGCACUGAUGGUGUUUGACAAAUUAGCACCAGAGUAUGUCGAUGGCCUGCUAUGUGAUGUGACAGAGGCUGCCAUCAGUGACUGGUGGACAGACAUCGGGACGGAUCUCUACAACAUUGAACCAAGUGAUAGCAGUCUCGGGCCCACAAGCGUGGCUGCAAUGCUAGGAACCUUGCUUGGGGCCCGAAACAGACUCCAUACAUAUGGCGCCCCAGUGGGGAAGGAUGCAUUUGACUUCCCUAAUUUGAAGAGAGGCAUCGGAGGAUUCCAAAAAUCGCAAAAGAUGAAGCGCACGCGGAGACUCGAUCGACAUACUUUGGAACGUUUACAUCGCGCCACGGCCAAAGCCGCAAACUCAGAAGGAUGGACAGAUGCGGUGAAGUCAACAAUGGCCGAACUGAGUGGCCAGGGUGGUGAAAUGGUGAUGGGGAUGGUUCGCGGGCGCGACAAAGGUGGUAUCGCUGAUAUCGAAACGCUCGAUCUGGACACUUUCGUACAGUGCUGCAAUGGUGGAAGAGCAAAGUGGCUUUGGCUCGGUAGACCGCGAAAGAGUGGCCACGAAGACGAGUUCACACGUGGCACCGGAUCAGACAUGAUGUUCACCACCGACGAACAAGGUGGAUAUGUCUGGACUAGCCGCAAGAAACACUCAGGGGAAGAUGCGAUCCCAGAACGAUCCAGCCUUGCUCUCGAUCGCCCGACAUACAUACCCGAUGCAUCGGGGGCUGAGGAUAAAGACCAUCGCAAGAAGGGUGUCAGUGGGCGAGUUUCGGAUGCUCGUGCAGGACUGGGUCGCUUCAAGGAUGCAGUUGGGCUUCAAGGCCUUCGCUCGCACCACCACCACCAUUCAAGAGAUCACUCCGAAUUGACACAUGAUGCUGCCUACCGCCCGUCUAUUGACAGUGAUAGCGAGACGCCGCCCACGAGAACGCGGACAAACUCUGGCUUCAGGUCUGAAUCAAAAGUAACCAAUGAAUUUGAAGAUGCCAUCGAAGAGGAGAAUGAGCAGGAGGAACAAUCAGCUCGACUGUCGCCAAUUCCUGACUCUGGCGAAACCAAAGCUCCUGAAAUCUAUAUCGAGUCUGCACCACUUGAAGAUGAGCCCGAGCCGAGUCAUUUGGACCAGUCCCUCGCGCAGCAGACUCAAAUGUUUGAUGAAGAAUCAGACAUGGAACGGGUAAUGUCUCGGUCUACUGCAGCGUCUACCGAUCGCGAGCGUGAUCGGGACGGUUCAAUAAGUGAGCUUGCUACCAUGGCCCUACGGCGACCCCAAAGCUGUGAAGGGUUGCAAGAUAUUGAACGCGAGAUGGACAGGCGAGACAAUUACUGCGCACGACAUUUGUCGUUCAGUACAGUCGAAGAAGUGGUACUAAAAUGGGAGCCUGCAGGCGGGAAGCCCACAGUCAAUGAUACCAGCAAUCUGGAAGAAGCCAUUGCUCAAGAAAACAUGCUCUCGUCCGAAGGGCGGAUCUUCAGUUCACGGAUCCUCGAAUUGAGCCAGCACACUGCGCCUUGGGUUGAGCGGCAGGUGGACUCUGUGGAUGGUCUCAACCAGAUACUGUACGAGAGACACGAAGAGCUCAAUUCAGUCUACCUGGAACGGUUCUCAGAAUAUCAGCGCCUGCGAGAGCGAUCCAGCGAUAUCCUGAUGGAUGAAGGCCACCAAUUGGCCGAUGGGGUGAAGCGAGUUGAAUUGCUGGGCGCCAAACUUGACUACGAGCUGCGUGUCCUCGAGUCUAAGGUCGAGGACAUGGAAGCUGGGGUCAGCGACUUUGACCGUCACAUUGUAAAUGUUGAGACGAGGAUCAAAUCCCUUGUCAAAGGCGAGGAACAGCACGAUACCUCAUGGGCUGCAUGGAUAGCGCGAGCCAUGGGAUUCUCGACCUGA